CACACACAGCACACACAUAGCACUUUGGUGCCUCGGUCGGCUGAGAGGAUAAAUUCUGCAGCAUAGCGCCGUUACAAUUUACAAUGGCUGCAGCUUUGUCCCGUGCUCUCAAAUUGCCCGGUAAGAGACGCGUUGCAAUUGUUUGGGAAAUAGAUAUAAGGGUUGAUUAGGUGAAAGGGAUGUUGUGUAGUCUUUGUACCAGUCGUGUCUUGUCUCAAUGUUGUUUUGGUGUCAUUCUGUUAGCUCACAUGAGCUAUCUAGAACAGCCAGCCAGCUGUAGCUAAUGUCGAUUGCAAUAACACAAAAAAAUUGUUUUAUUUGUUUAAUGACAGUCCAGAAUUGAGAGGUGAAAUACGACACUUAUUUUCAAUGUUUGAUAUUUCUUUUCUUUUCAAGCUUUAAUAGAAAAGCAUCAUUGCAUCAUUCACAAUCCUAUGUGGCGCACUAGCUAGCUACUGUACAGUACAGUAAGGUGCCACAUCAAAGUCGCUUGAUUGCUCAGUGCUCACUUUCAUAAUAAUGUUAUAACGGAUUUAGCUACUUGCUUAAAUCUCGUGUUCAACAAAUAACUACAAGUACGGCCAUGUAAUGGGGGUUAUUCAUUUAACUUGUCAAUCAUUGUCAUGCCAAACAAUGAGCAAUAGAGUCGGCAAAAAUAAACAGAUCUGGGACCAGGGUAGGACAUAAUUAAUAUGGCGUUAAAAUAAACAAUAUUUGAGUAACUUCCCUGUCCUUUUGGGCUGCCUAUCGUUCUAUCAGGCACCGCAUGCUCUAUCAGAUCAUUCUAGUUUUCACCUGGGCCUUGUUUCCCAAACAGAUCCGUAGACCCCUUUCCUGCAGUCAAAUGACCAAAUCGAGCUCUAGUGGCCUCGGGUGGAAUGUUAUUACUAUUUUUCAGAAUAUCAUAAUUAAUCAAUAUAAUAAAAAAAAUUAAGUUCCCGAAAAUCCGGUGUUUCUAUGUUUUGUUAUAUUUCAGUCUUCUGUGAUGUAUAUAAAGUGUAAUAUUGUGAUGCAAACACAAAAUGUAAUACAUUUCAACUCUAUAUCUGACAUGGUGUGUGAGGUGUAUACUUCUGUUUCAAUUUAGAUUUGUUUAAGACUACCAAGAAACACUCUGUGUGACCCUGAUUUAGCCCACUGCAGUAAAAGGUUAACCGUGUGUAUCUUUGUGUGUGUGUCCCUCACAGGGAAGAAGGGCUCGGAGCUUGGAGAGUAUGACCCCCUCACUCAGGCCGACAGUGAGGACGAGAGCGAGGAGGACGACCUGGUCCUCAACUAUCCCCGCAAUGGCCUGGGGAGGGGCAACUGCAUGGGCGCAGGUACCUCAGAGCUGAGAGGGAGCAGAACAGGGAGGCUCGUAGAGGAUGAAGAGGAGGCGGAGGAGAAAGAGGAGGACGACGAUGAGUGGAGAGAACGGCUCCCGGGAAAAAAGAGGCAGGAGAGAGAGGAGAAGGGCAUGCAGUACUGGAGCCAGAGGGAGACAAACAGGGAUGGGGGAGUAGAGGGGGAAGGGGGGCUUGGGGCCUCUGGUGGUCCUGGAUUGGGUGUCAGUGCCAGUGCUGACCCGGACGGGAAGAAGGCUAAGGUGAGGGGAGCCAUCCGGGCUGCGUUUUUCCUGGUGCCUCUGGUCUGUGUCAUGCUGGUGGUGCUGCUGUGUGCCUUUUUGGUGCCUUGUCAGCAGGGGGAACUGGACAAACGGCCGCAGUGGGAGAAAAAGCUGGGUGAUCAUGUGGGAGGUGAGUGAGGAGUCUAAUGUAUAAACAAUACACAUGAAAACAGACUACAGUUUACCCGCAUGUUGCUGGUUGCUGAUACCAAUACACGUCUCUCUCACACCAGAGAAAGAGAAAACUACAGGUUAGGUCAGACUGGUCAGACUCUGAGUAGACUAGUGCUUUAGAUUAAGAUAAGCACACAGUCAACAUUACCAUAAAGUCAACUGUAUGAGAAAGCAGUUGAGAACACAAAACUCAGAUUUAGCUGACUUUUUGCCAGGGGGUGGAUAUUACACAGUCUGGAUUACUAUGAUUACACAUUACCGUGAUAAUUAUAAUAGCAUGUUAGCAAAGCAACCGCAGGUAUAGUUUAGUAAAUAGUAGUUACAAACCGUUGCUGUCUGUAACAGUGUUUUUCUUUUGCUUCAGGUGUUACCCCACCUCCUCUUGCACUGUGGGAUGUCGACAAUGACUCAGUUGAGGAUGUGCUAAUAGGAGUCACUCAAAAGAGCAACAAUACCCAUCUCUCCAGUUCUGUGGGGAACAACAAAGGUAUCAAUGGAAACAACAAACAGCCUCACUACUGUUAUUUUAUUGUUGCUCUUUAAUUAUUUGUUAUUUUUCUAUUUUUCUAAUUUUUUUUUUUACUUAUCUUUUUUUUACUUAACACUUAUUUUUCUUAAAACUGCAUUGUUGGUUAAGUAUGCAGUUCACUGUAAGGUCUACACCUGUUGUAUUCAGCGCAUGUGACAAAUACAAUUUGAUUUGAUUUGAAAUCAGAACCAUAUUUGAGAUUCUUCAAAGUAGCCACCCUUUGCCUUGAUGACAGCUUUGCACACUCUUGGCAUUCUCUCAACCAGCUUCACCUGGAAUGCUUUUCCAACAGUCUUGAAGGAGUUCCCACAUAUGCUGAGCACUUGUUGGCUGCAUUUCCUUCACUUUGCUGUCCGACUCAUCCCAAACCAUCUCAAUUGAUUUGAUUUGAAAUCAGAACCAUGGACAGCCACAUCAUAUUUAACUUAAAUUGAUUGGACUAAAUUGUUUUUGGUAUAUUUUAGUUGUCCCUGUAUUAGACUAAGCAUAGGUGAUUUGAUGGUGUUGAAAUGUUGAAGUUGAAAUGGUGCUGAAAUAGUGGAGACAGCUCCUGUUUUCAUUGUGACUUGCAGUAACUCUCCGUGUUUCUAAAUCAAUAGUUGUUUAGUAGUCCAAAAAUGGCAAAAACAUGAACUUUCUUCACCAUGCUGUAGGUCAUGUAACUGUUUGUUACAUGCAAUAUGCUUUGUGGACUUCACCGGACAGAGGUUGCUCUCCGGUUUUGUGAUGAAACAAUGGUGUGGUAGAAUUUAUUCUGCCACUGUGUCUUCUUAUUGUCUCGGCCUUAGGCCUAUAAAUCACGGUCGCAAGGCAUAUGAACUAACAGGUUAUAGAACAAACAACAAUUAUCACAACGCAUACACUAUAUACAGUACCAGUCAAAAGUUUGGACACACCUACUCAUUUCAUAGUUUUUCUUUAUUUUUACUAUUUUCUACAUUGUAGAAUAAUAGUGAAGACAUCAAAACUAUGAAAUAACACAUAUGGAAUCAUGUAGUAACCCAAAAAGUGUUAAACAAAUCCAAAUAUAUUUGAGAUUCUUCAAAGAAGCCACCCUUUGCCUUGAUGACAGCUUUGCACAAAUGACUAAAAUGUCUGCUAAAUGACUAAAAUGUAAAAUUUCAUAGUUUUGAUGUCUUCACUAUUAUUCUACAAUGUAGAAAUAGUACAAAUAAAGAAAAACCCUUGAAUGAGUAGGUGUUCUAAAACUUUUUACCGGUAGUGUAUUUUCAACCCUCAUUUUUAGGCGUUAUUCUCUCUAAAGCCCACCUCCUCCCCCUGUACAAUAUACACCAUCAAAAUCUAUCAGUGAUUAUGUCAUAUUAAUCUCCAUAUCUAAUCCUGCUAGCCCCAGUAAACUUCUGAGAACACACAAUGAACCCCACCCACCUAUACCCCCUUCUCUAUCUCCCUCGCUGUCUCUACCAGAGUACAGUGUGGUGGCCCUAUCUGCAUUCAGUGGUGAGGUGCUAUGGAAGAGGGUCCUCAGGGAACCUGUGGAGUCCAUCCAGUGUGGGCUGCAGUACGAAGCCCACCCAUCACCAAUGCCAGCAGGGGGCGCUGCCCUCAGAGCCUUCCCCAACAGCGCUAUUUCCCUAUCUGGCCAGAGAGACAGGGCUAGCGGCCCCGUGUGUCUGCUCAUCAGUUCUGCACACCUCACCGCUGUCAACGGCACCACAGGUCAGACAACAACCACAGAAAAUCCUGACUUUUAAUGGUUCCGUUUCACAGCUACAAGCAUGAACAUUUUAGCAGUUGAUGUGUAGAUUUAUUAAUAAUGUGUUGUAGUUAAUAGAUUUAUGUUCAGUAAGGAGUAACCUAUUGUAUUUUCCUCCUCAGGGAAGAAGCUGUGGUCGGUAGCCCCAGGAGAGAUCCAGUCCCAGGCAGUCUCCCUGCCAGAUCUCCAAGGCGACACUGUUCCUGACUUGCUGAUUGCCACUUUACCUUCUGACCAGGUAUGACAAUCUCUGGCUUGGCACCUAUACAUAUUUAUGGCUGUAAUAAGACAAUUGUUACUAUAUAAAUCAUAUUAUUAUUACAAUAUAGACCAUACUCCCAAAUCUUCAGAGUCACUGUGUUAACAACACUAAUUUUCCAGUCAGUCUAGAAUGCUCCUAUCAAACUGUCUUGAACUUAUUUUCAGGUGUCUGACCUCUCACUGCUCCUGCUGUCUGGGCUGACUGGAGAUCUGCUUGGACAUCCCAUGACCUUUAACCUCACGACCUUUAAUGUCUCUGGCAAGCUGAUUGGUCCCCUGUUUCAUGAGACACAACUGGGGGCAUACUACAUUCUGUUUGGACUAGGUAAGGGAUUCAUUUUAUAUCAAGCACAGUGACUUUGAAAAAAUAUGUUUCCCGUUUGAAAUGACUAAAUGUCUGAUAAUGUAUCUGCUAUACUAACUCAGGCACUGUAGAGGCUGUAUCCCUGGGAGAUAUUUACACUCGGGCUACUGGAAAAACACCCAUAUCCCCUGGCCUAAGACUGAAGGACCCCGGCUGGGAGAAGCUUAGGAAAACCAACUCCUCCUCCCUCAUACACAUCUCCAGGUAAGGCUGAGAAAGUGCUAGGUUACACAAUUACAAAAGAGUGCCUGUUUGAAGGACUAACAGCACCCAUUCAUCUUUGACUUUCUCUGUCCAGUGGAACUGAGCAAGUGGAGUUCUUGGUCUCCCUAGUGGCUGGCUUGUGUAACAACCACAACAGCUUGGACUCAAUCUCCAACCUCAACUCCAGCCGCAGUGACUUGGUGCUGGUGUGUGGCAAGCUCUCCAGCAAGCUGUCUGUGCUGAGAGAGAAGGACGCACACACCAAGUGGACUCUUACCUCCUCAGCCAUACACAGGUAGGACAUAUAGUUAUGGUCACUAUGAUAUAUGGAGAAGUUUAUCAUUAGGGUGUAUAUGACUAAAGCAUCAAAGUGAUAGCUUCAGGUUUUAUUGUCAUGUGCACAAGUACAGUGAAAUGCCUUUCUUGCCAGCUCUUUUCCCAACAAUACAGUAAUCAAUAUCAAUAUCAAUAUAUACAACUAUAAAGUAAAGUAAUACCCUAUAACAGUGGUUUUCAAACCUCUCCUCGGGGACCCCCAGAAGUUUCACAAUUUAAUUGUAGCCCUGAACUAGCUCAACUACUUUACCUAAUCAAGGGCUUGGUAAUUAGUUGACCAGUUGAAUGGAACAACUGGGGAUCCCCGAGGAGAGGUACAGUUGAAGUCGGAAAUUUACAUACACCUUAGCUAAAUACAUUUAAACUCAGCUUUUCACAAUUACUGACAUUUAAUCCUAGUAAAAAGUCCCUGUCUUAGGUCAGUUAGGAUCACAACUUUAUUUUAAGAAUGUGAAAUGUCAGAAUAAUAGCAGCUUUUAUUUCUUUCAUCAAAUUCCCAGUGUGUCAGAAGUUUACAUACACUCAAUUAGUAUUUGGUAGCAUUGCCUUUAAAUUGUUUAACUUCGGUCAAACAUUUCGGGUAGCCUUCCACAAGCUUCCCACAAUAAGUUGGGUGAAUAUUGGCCCAUUCCUCCUGACAGAGCUGGUGUAACUGAGUCAGGUUUGUAGGCCUCCUUGCUCGCACACACCUUUUCAGUUCUGCCCACAAAUGUUCUAUAGGAUUGAGGUCAGGGCUUUGUGAUGGCCACUCCAAUACCUUGACUUUGUUGUCCUUAAGCCAUUUUGCCACAACUUUGGAAGUAUGCUUGGGGUCAUUGUCCAUUUGGAAGACCCAUUUGCGACCAAGCUUUAACUUCCUGACUGAUGUCAUGAGAUGUUGCUUCAAUAUAUCCACAUAAUUUUCCUUCCUCAUGACGCCAUCUAUUUUGUGAAGUGCACCAGUCCCUCCUGCAGCAAACCCCCGUGCUUCACGGUUGGGAUGGUGUUCUUCGGCUUGCAAGUCCCCCCUUUUUCCUCCAAACAUAACGAAGUUCAUUAUGUCCAAACAGUUCUAUUUUUGUUUCAUCAGACCAGAGGACAUUUCUCCAAAAAGUACGAUCUUUGUCCCAUGUGCAGUUGCAAACCGUAGUCUGGCUUUUUUAUGACGGUUUUGGAGCAGUGGCUUCUUCCUUGCUGAGCGGCCAUUCAGGUUAUGUUGAUAUAGGACUCGUUUUACUGUGGAUAUAGAUACUUUUGUACUUGUUUCCUCCAGCAUCUUCACAAGGUCCUUUGCUGUUGUUCUGGGAUUGAUUUGCACUUUUCGCACCAAAGUACGUUCAUCUCUAGGAGACAGAACGCGUCUCCUUCCUGAGCGGUAUGACGGCUGCGUGGUCCCAUGGUGUUUAUAGUUGCGUACUAUUGUUUGUACAGAUGAACGUGGUACCUUCAGGCAUUUGGAAAUUGCUCCCAAGGAUGAACCAGACUUGUGGAGGUCUACAAUUCUUUUUCUGAGGUCUUGGCUGAUUUCUUUUGAUUUUCCCAUGAUGUCAAGCAAAGAGGCAAUGAGUUUGAAGGUAGGCCUUGAAAUACAUCCACAGGUACAACUCCAAUUGACUCAAAUUAUGUCAAUUAGCCUAUCAGAAGUUUCUAAAGCCAUGACAUCAUUUCCUGGAAUUUUCCAAGCUGUUUAAAGGCAGUCAACUUAGUGUAUGUAAACUUCUGACCCACUGGAAUUGUGAUACAGUGACUUAUAAGUGAAAUAAUCUGUCUGUAAACAAUUGUAGGAAAAAUUACUUGUGUCAUGCACAAAGUAGAUGUCCUAACCGACUUGCCAAAACUAUAGUUUGUUAACAAGACAUUUGUGGAGUGGUUGAAAAACAAGUUUUAAUGACUCCAACCUAAGUGUAUGUAAACUUCCGACUUCAACUGUAUGUAAACACCUGCCCUAUAAAGUUAUAGAGCUAAAAUAACCUGAAUAAUGUAUUAUUGUCUCAGUCGUCCAGCACCAGGCCAAUUCAACGAUGAUGGAAUCCCAGAUCUCCUCAUACAGAAGUCUGGGGCCCCUAGAAUGAGAAAAGUAUAAUCUCCUUCUACAAACACUUACAACUAUAGCUAUUAUACUUCUCAGACAGUGAUACAUAUUUACAAAGAUUACCAUCCAUCUCUCUAUGAUCUCAGGUUCAGGUGGUUGAUGGAGCCAGUGGGCGUAGUCUAUGGGAGACAGAGUUUAUUUGUCCACGCCUUGACCUGGAAGGUACCUCAAUCAUGACAACAUCUGGUCAAUCAGCUUUCCUUUUCUGGGCCGGUGACCCUCUCAGACCACCGAAGAACCUCACCAAGACAACUGUGAGUCCCUUGUUGAAUCCUUCCUUAUAAGGAGCAGGAAUACAUUUUCUAUGAGAGAAAGUGUUAUGAUGGUUCAUCCUUGAGUGGUAUAGGCACGAGGGUUGGAGUCAAUUCCAAUUUAAUUUGAAAUUCCAAUUAAAUUCUUGAAUUCACGCAUGAAGUGGAGAAUGUACCCUAGACCCACUUCAAUUUGCUUACCGCCCCAAUAGAUCCACAGACGAUGCAAUUGCAUUCACACUGCACACUGCCCUAUCCCAUCUGGACAAGAGGAAUACCUAUGUAAGAAUGCUGUUCAUUGACUAUAGCUCAGCAUUCAACACCAUAGUACCCUCCAAGCUCAUCAUUAAGCUCGAGGCCCUGGGUCUGAACUCCGCCCUGUGCAACUGGGUCCUGGACUUCCUGACGGGCCGCCCCCAGGUGGUGAAGGUAGGAAACAACAUCUCCACUUCGCUGAUCCUCAACACUGGGGCCUCACAAGGGUGCGUGCUCAGCCCCCUCCUGUACUCCCUGUUCACCCAUGACUGCGUGGCCAAGCACGCCUCCAACUCAAUCAUCAAGUUUGCAGACGACACAACAGUAGUAGGCUUGAUUACCAACAAUGACGAGACCGCCUACAGGGAGGAGGUGAGGGCUCUCGGAGUGUGGUGUCAGGAAAAUAACCUCUCACUCAACGUCAACAAAACAAAGGAGAUGAUUGUGGACUUCAGGAAACAGCAGAGGGUGCACCCCCCAUCCACAUUGACGGGACCGCAGUGGAGAAGGUGGAAAGCUUCAAGUUCCAUGGCGUACACAUCACCGACAAAUUGAAAUGGUCCACCCACGCAGACAGUGUGGUGAAGAAGGCGCAACAGAGCCUCUUCAACCUCAGGAGGCUGAAGAAAUGUGGCUUAUCACCUAAAACCCUCACAAACUUUUACAGAUGCACAAUUGAGAGCAUCCUGUCGGGCUGUAUCACCACCUGGUACGGCAACUGCACCGCCCACAACCGCAGGGCUCUCCAGAGGGUGGUGCGGUCUGCCGAAUGCAUUACCGGGGGCAAACUACCCGCCCUCCAAGACACAUACAGCACCCGAUGUCACAGGAAGGCCAAAAAGAUCAUCAAGGAUAUCAACCACCCGAGCCACUGCCUGUUCACCCCGCUAUCAUCCAGAAGGCGAGGUCAGUACAGGUGCAUCAAAGCUGGGACAGAGAGAAUGAAAAACAGCUUCUAGGACAUCAGACUGUUAAAUAGCCAUCACUAGCACAUUAGAGGCUGCUGCUGCCUAUUGAAAUCACUGGCCACUUUAAGAAAUGGAACACUAGUCACUUUAAUAAUGUUUACAUAUCUUGCACUACUCAUCUCAUAUGUAUAUACUGCAUUCUAUUCUAUAAUAUUCUUCUGUAUCUUAGUCCAUGCCGCUCUGUCAUUGCUUGUCCAUAUACAGUGGGGAGAACAAGUAUUUGAUACACUGCCGAUUUUGCAGGUUUUCCUACUUACAAAGCAUGUAGAGGUCUGUAUCCAGAAAAUCACAUUGUAUGAUUUUUAAGUAAUUAAUUUGCAUUUUAUUGCAUGACGUAAGUAUUUGAUACAUCAGAAAAGCAGAACUUAAUAUUUGGUACAGAAACCUUUGUUUACAAUUACAGAGAUCAUAUGUUUCCUGUAGGUCUUGACCAGGUUUGCACACACUGCAGCAGGGAUUUUGGCCCACUCCUCCAUACAGACCUUCUCCAGAUCCUUCAGGUUUCGGGGCUGUCGCUGGGCAAUACGGACUUUCAGCUCCCUCCAAAGAUUUUCUAUUGGGUUCAGGUCUGGAGACUGGCUAGGCCACUCCAGGACCUUGAGAUGCUUCUUACGGAGCCACUCCUUAGUUGCCCUGGCUGUGUGUUUCGGGUCGUUGUCAUGCUGGAAGACCCAGCCACGACCCAUCUUCAAUGCUCUUACUGAGGGAAGGAGGUUGUUGGCCAAGAUCUCGCGAUACAUGGCCCCAUCCAUCCUCCCCUCAAUACGGUGCAGUCGUCCUGUCCCCUUUGCAGAAAAGCAUCCCCAAAGAAUUAUGUUUCCACCUCCAUGCUUCACGGUUGGGAUGGUGUUCUUGGGGUUGUACUGAUCCUUCUUCUUCCUCCAAACACGGCGAGUGGAGUUUAGACCAAAAAGCUCUAUUUUUGUCUCAUCAGACCACAUGACCUUCUCCCAUUCCUCCUCUGGAUCAUCCAGAUGGUCAUUGGCAAACUUCAGACGGGCCUGGACAUGCGCUGGCUUGAGCAGGGGGACCUUGCGUGCGCUGCAGGAUUUUAAUCCAUGACGGCGUAGUGUGUUACUAAUGGUUUUCUUUGAGACUGUGGUCCCAGCUCUCUUCAGGUCAUUGACCAGGUCCUGCCGUGUAGUUUUGGGCUGAUCCCUCACCUUCCUCAUGAUCAUUGAUGCCCCACGAGGUGAGAUCUUGCAUGGAGCCCCAGACCGAGGGUGAUUGACCGUCAUCUUGAACUUCUUCCAUUUUCUAAUAAUUGCGCCAACAGUUAUUGCCUUCUCACCAAGCUGCUUGCCUAUUGUCCUGUAGCCCAUCCCAGCCUUGUGCAGGUCUACAAUUUUAUCCCUGAUGUCCUUACACAGCUCUCUGGUCUUGGCCAUUGUGGAGAGGUUGGAGUCUGUUUGAUUGAGUGUGUGGACAGGUGUCUUUUAUACAGGUAACAAGUUCAAACAGGUGCAGUUAAUACAGCUAAUGAGUGGAGAACAGGAGGGCUUCUUAAAGAAAAACAGGUCUGUGAGAGCCGGAAUUCUUACUGGUUGGUAGGUGAUCAAAUACUUAUGUCAUGCAAUAAAAUGCAAAUUAAUUACUUAAAAAUCAUACAAUGUGAUUUUGUACGUUUGCCCACUGACAAAGAAAUUAUCAGUCUAUAAUUUUAAUGGUAGGUUUAUUUGAACAGUGAGAGUCAAAAUAACAACAAAAAAAUCCAGAAAAACGCAUGUCAAAAAUGUUAUGAAUUGAUUUGCAUUUUAAUGAGGGAAAUAAGUAUUUGACCCCUCUGCAAAACAUGACUUAGUACUUGGUGGCAAAACCCUUGUUAGCAAUCACAGAGGUCAGACGUUUAUUGUAGUUGGCCACCAGGUUUGCACACAUCUCAGGAGGGAUUUUGUCCCACUCCUCUUUGCAGAUCUUCUCCAAGUCAUUAAGGUUUCGAGCCUGACGUUUGGCAAUUCGAACCUUCAGCUCCCUCCACAGAUUAUCUAUGGGAUUAAGGUCUGGAGACUGGCUAGGCCACUCCAGGACCUUAAUGUGCUUCUUCUUGAGCCACUCCUUUGUUGCCUUGGCUGUGUGUUUUGGGUCAUUGUCAUGCUGGAAUACCCAUCCACGACCCAUUUUCAAUGCCCUGGCUGAGGGAAGGAGGUUCUCACCCAAGAUUUGACGGUACAUGGCCCCGUCCAUCGUCCCUUUGAUGCGGUGAAGUUGUCCUGUCCCCUUAGCAGAAAAACACCCCCAAAGCAUAAUGUUUCCACCUCCAUGUUUGAUGGUGGGGAUGGUGUUCUUGGGGUCAUAGGCAGCAUUCCUCCACCUCCAAACACGGCGAGUUGAGUUGAUGCCAAAGAGCUCCAUUUUGGUCUCAUCUGACCACAACACUUUCACCCAGUUCUCCUCUGAAUCAUUCAGAUGUUCACUGGCAAACUUCAGACGGGCAUGUAUAUGUGCUUUCUGGAGCAGGGGGACCUUGCGCCGCUGCAGGAUUUCAGUCCUUCACGGCAUAGUGUGUUACCAAUUGUUUUCUUGGUGACUAUGGUCCCAGCUGCCUUGAGAUCAUUGAUAAGAUCCUCCCGUGUAGUUCUGGGCUGAUUCCUCACCGUUCUCAUGAUCAUUGCAACUCCACGAGGUGAGAUCUUGCAUGGAGCCCCAGGCCGAGGGAGAUUGACAGGUCUUUUGUGUUUCUUCCAUUUGCGAAUAAUCGCACCAACUGUUGUCACCUUCUCACCAAGCUGCUUGGCGAUGGUCUUGUAGCCCAUUCCAGCCUUGUGUAGGUCUACAAUCUUAUCCCUGACAUCCUUGGAGAACUCUUUGGUCUUGGCCAUGGUGGAGAGUUUGGAAUCUGAUUGAUUGAUUGCUUCUGUGGACAGGUGUCUUUUAUACUUUAAGAGUGUGCUCCUAAUCUCAGCUCGUUACCUGUAUAAAAGACACCUGGAAGCCAGAAAUCUUUCUGAUUGAGAGGGGGUCAAAUACUUAUUUCCCUCAUUAAAAUGCAAAUCAAUUUAUAACAUUUUUGACAUGGGUUUUUCUGGAUUUUGUUGUUGUUAUUCUGUCUCUCACUGUUCAAAUAAACCUACCAUUAAAAUGAUAGACUGAUCAUUUCUUUGUCAGUGGGCAAACGUACAAAAUCAGCAGGGGAUCAAAUACUUUUUUCCCUCACUGUAUGUAUAGUCACUUUACCCCUACCUACAUGUACAAAUUACCCCCGCACAUUGACUCGGUAUAUAGCCUCGUUAUUGUUGUUUUAUUGUGUUACUUUUUAUUAUUUUUUACUUUAGUUUAUUUGGUCAAUAUUUUCUUAACUCUUUCUUGAACUUUAUUGUUGGUUAAGUGCUUGUAAGAAAGCAUUUCACGGUAAGGUCUACACCUGUUGUAUUCGGCGCAUGUCAAAUCAUACAACAGGUGUAGACCUUACAGUGAAAUGCUUUCUUAUAAGCCCUUAACCAACAAUGCAGUUUUUAGAAAAAAAGUGUUAAGUAAAAAAUAAUAAGUAAAAAAAGAAAAACAAAUAUUAAAGAGCAGCAGUAAAAUAACAGUAGGGAGGCUAUAUACAGGGGGUACCGGUACAGAGUCAAUGUGCGGGGGCACUGGUUAGUCCAGGUAAUUGAGGUAAUAUACUCCAAAAAGUUUUGGGACACUGUAAAGUCCAUGGAGAAUAAGAUCACCUCCUCCCAGCUGCCCACUGCACUGAGGCUAGGAAACACUGUCACUACCGAUAAAUCUACGAUAAUCGAAAAUGUCAACAAGCAUUUUGCUACGGCUGGCCAUGCUUUCCACCUGGCUACCCCAUACCCCUGGCUACCCCUACCCCGGCCACCAGCUCUGCACCCUCCGCUGCAAAUUGCCCAUCCCCCCCCCGCUUCUCCUUCACCCAAAUUCAGAUAGCUGAUGUUCUGAAAGAGCUGCAAAAUCUGGACCCCUAGCUGGGCCCUUUCUUUCUAAAAUUAGCCACCGAAAUUGUCGCAACCCCUAUCACCAGCUUGUUCAACCUCUCUUUCUUAUCGUCUGAGAUCCCCAGAGAUUGGAAAGCUGCCGCGGUCAUCCCCCUCUUCAAAGGGGGUGACACUCUAGAUCCAAACUGUUACAGACCUAUAUCCAUCCUGCCCUGCCUUUCGAAAGUAUUUGAAAGCCAAGUUAACAAACCGAUCACCGACCAUUUAGAAUCCCACUGUACCUUCUCCGCUAUGCAAUCCGGUUUCCGAGCUGGUCAUGGGUGCACCUCAGCCACGCUCAAUGUCCUAAAUGAUAAAAUAACCGCAAUCGAUAAAAGACUGCGCAGCCAUCUUCAUUGACCUGGCCAAGGCUUUUGACUGUAUCACCGCAUUCUUAUUGGCAGACUAAAUAGCCUUGGUUUCUCAAAUGACUGCCUCGCCUGGUUCACCAACUACUUCUCAGAUAGAGUUCAACGUGUCAAAUCGGAGGGCCUGUUGUCUGGACCUCUGGAAGUCUCUAUGGGGGUGCCACAAGGUUCAAUUCUCGGGCCGACUCUAUUCUCUGUGUAUAUCAAUGAUGUCGCUCUUGCUGCUGGUGACCCUCAGAUCCACCUCUACGCAGACGACACCAUUUUGUAUACAUCUGGCCCUUCAUUGGACACUGUGUUAACAAACCUCCAAACGAGCUUCAAUGCCAUACAACACUCCUUCCGUGGCCUCCAACGGCUCUUAAAUGCUAGUAAAACCAAAUGCAUGCUCUUCAAUCGAAUGCUGCUUGCACCCGCCUGCCCGACUAGAAUCACUACUCUCGGCGGCUCUGACUUAGAAUAUGUGGACAACUACAAAUACCUAGGUGUCUGGUUAGACUGUAAACUCUCAUUCCAGACUCACAUUAAGCAUCUCCAAUCCAAAGUUAAAUCUAGAAUCGGCUUCCUAUUUCACAACAAAGCCUCCUUCACUCAUGCUGCUAAACAUGCCCUCGUAAAACGGACUAUCCUACCGAUCCUUGACUUCGGCGAUGUCAUUUACAAAAUAGCUUCCAACACUCUACUCAGCAAAUUGGAUGUAGUCUAUCACAGUGCCAUCCGUUUUGUCACCAAAGCCCCAUAUACUACCCACAAUUGUGACCUGUACGCUCUCGUUGGCUGGCCCUCACUACAUAUUCGUUGCCAAACCCACUGGCUCCAGGUCAUCUAUGAAUCCCUUCUAGGCAAAUCCCUGCCUUAUCUUAGCUCAUUGGUCACCAUAGCAACACACACCCGUAGUAUGCGUUCCAGCAGGUAUAUCUCACUGGUCAUCCCCAAAGCCAACACCUCCUUUGGUCGCCAUUCCUUCCAGUUCUCUGCUGCAAAUGACUGGAACGAACUGCAAAAAUCUCUGAAGCUGGAGACUUAUCUCCCUCACUAUCUUUAAGCAUCAGUUGUCAGAGCAGCUUACCGAUCACUGCACCUGUACACAGCCCAUCUGUAAUUAGCCCACCCAACUACCUCAUCCCCAUAUUGUUAUUUACAUUGUUAUUUAUUUUGCUAAUUUGCACCCCAGUAUCUCUAUUUGCACAUCAUCUUCUGCACAUCUAUCACUCCAGUGUUAAUACUAAAUUAUAAUUGUAAUUAUUUUGCACUAUGGCCUAUUUAUUGCCUUACCUCCAUAACUUACUACAUUUGCAUACACUGUAUGUAGAUUUUCUAUUGUGUUAUUGACUGUACAUUUUGUUUAUUCCAUAUGUAACUCUGUGUUGUUGUUGUUUUUCCGCACUGCUUUGCUUUAUCUUGGCCAGGUCGCAGUUGUAAAUGAGAACUUGUUCUCAACUGGCUUACCUGGUUAAAUAAAGGUUAAAUAAAUAAAUAAAUAAAACAUCUACAUCUUGGUAGAGUUAAAGUGACUAUGCAUAGAUAAUAAACAGAGAGUAGCAGCAGCGUAAAAGAGGGGGUGGGAUGGGGGGGACAAUGCAAAUAGUCCGGGUAGCCAUGAUUAGCUGUUCAGGAGUCUUAUGGCUUGGGGGUAGAAGCUGUUAAGAAGCCUUUUGGACCUAGACUUGACUAAGGUGGCUGGAGUCUUUGACAAUUUUUAGGGCCUUCCUCUGACACUGCCUGGUAUAGAGGUCCUGGAUGGCAGGAAGCUUGGCCCCAGUGAUGUAACAGGCCGUACGCACUACCCUCUGUAGUGCCUUGCGGUCGGAGGCCAAGAAGUUGCCAUACCAGGCGGUGAUGCAACCAGUCAGGAUGCUCUCGAUGGUGCAGCUGUAUAACAUUUUGAGGAUCUGAGGACCCAUGCCAAAUCGUUUCAGUCUCCUGAGGGGGAAUAGGCUUUGUCGUGCCCUCUUCACGACUGUCUUGGUGUGUUUGGACCAUGAUAGUUUGUUGGUGAUGUGGACACCAAGGAACUUGAAGCUCACAACCUGUUCAACUACAGCCCCGUCGAUGAGAAUGGGGGCGUGCUCAGUCCUCUUUUUUACCCUGUAGUCCACAAUCAUCUCCUUUGUCUUGAUCACGUUGAGGGAGAGGUUGUUAUGUGACAAAUAAAGUUUGAUUUGAUUUGAUUUAGCAAACGCUUUGGAUAAAUGACUAAAAUGGAAUUUGAAUGGAAUUUAAUUUAAUUUACAGGGAGAGAGAAUUUAGUUAGAAUUCAAUAGGGGAAUUAACCCCAACCCUGCUGCCAGAAUGUUAACAGUAGUCAUUGUUCAGGUUGGCAGUGGGAAGAUUGAAAGUCCAUUUGGGUGUCUCCUGUAAUUUGUGGAAUUAACCCCAACCCUGAUUGGCACAAAUAUGUAAUCCUUUACCUAUCGUACUAUGGAGAUCAGUAGUUGAAAUGUAUUUUAACAGGUGUCACCAGUGGCGGCUCCAGCCAUGCCAGUCAUCCGAAAGCUCUUCAUGCUGCAUCCUACAUAUCCCACAAUCCUGCUGGAGCUCGCCAGCACCACAGACACCAUACUUACUGCUGCAGGUGAUGCGUGCUGUGCUGUAUUUAUUAUUUUAUAAUUGUGCAUAUGAUUAUGGCUGUUGUUAGUAGUACUGCUGAUCAACUGUUUCUCCCCUAUUCUCUGUCAUAGUGAGUUACCAGGAGCCGCAGAAGGAUGCCUCCUACAUUACUGUUUCCUCCCGGCCUACCUCUGGCCUGGGGCCUGGGUCUCGGGUGGUGAAGAGCAUGAGCCUCAGAGCAGCAAUCACUGCUGGACAGAUUGUGAGGCUGGGAGAGAGCAGCACCGCCAGGGGACCAGUCAGUAAUGGAGUAUUUGAGAUAAACAAGUUCUUCAGGCGUCUCACCUUCAAACAGCAUUAGGUAAAAAGGGGAGGGAACAUAGCUAAGUAUGUCCAGAAUAUGCUUUAUAUGACAUGUUGUUUGUGGCGUCUGUGUAGUUUUGGAUGACGAAACACAUCAGUUUGUUUUCCUGUGUAGAGAGGAGUUACCACUUGCUGGUUGUACAUGAUCAGAGAUAAACCACUGGCGGGACCAAACCUGUGGAAACACCAUGACACACACCAAGUGAAGGAGACUCAUGGAGAUUUAUCUCAAGCUGUUUACAUUUCCACUUUUGUCCAAAGUACGAUUUUAUUUUCCAUUAUUACCCAUCUCACUUGCUGAAAAAUAUUUAUUUUGCUGUAGUGUUAUUAUAUGUGUAUAUAUUAUGAGUUUAAUUAUGUAUUUAUGACCAGUCCAUUUUAUUGAAUAUUGAAUUUAAUAUAUCAAUUACUAUUUACCUUGUUUGGGGUGUAUGGAAAUCAAAAUAUGUAAAUAAGUACAUAGAGGAAACUUCUGGAGAUCAAGCACAAUGAUUUGAAAGGUAGGGGUGUGGGUGUAGGUGUAAGGUGUCCAUUGGCACAAUCGGAACCUCACUCGUUUAGUAUAUUUUUUAUCUACAGAAUGAGAGGCAAUUACCCAGUUUAUUCCUCCAAAUACGUUCAUUCCCCUCUCACAUGUACUUUUUGAAUUAGGCAAUUGAGGUCUGUGUUCAAGCAGAAUGACCCAGUUAUGUAAAGGGGGUCUGUACAUAUUUUUGCUGUAGUGGAGAAUGGGGUAUGUUGAGCCAUUUUUUACAUUCAGCAUCACUAGAUCAAGGGAAAUACAGUUUUCUUUCCAACAUUUAUAUCUACAUAUGUUUCAGGAUGUUGUGUAUCCCUGGAAAUAAUCAGAUUUCAUGUAAACAUUAUUUUUUUUUGAAAAAAGCUCGUAAAAAAAAAGAAGUGAUUUCUUGGCACAACUUACCCUGGGUAUGCAUAGGGACAGGGUGAAUUGAGCAUAGGGACAGGGUAAGUUGAGCAUAGGGACAGGGUAAGUUGAGCAUAGGGACAUGGUAAGUUGAGCAUAGGGACAGGGUAAGUUGAGCAUAGGGACAGGGUAAGUUGAGCAUAGGGACAGGGUAAGUUGAGCAUAGGGACAGGGUAAGUUGAGCAUAGGGACAGGGUAAGUUGAGCAUAGGGACAGGGUAAAUUGAGCAUAGGGACAGGGUAAGUUGAGCAUAGGGACAGGGUAAGUUGAGCAUAGGGACAGGGUAAGUUGAGCAUAGGGACAGGGUAAAUUGAGCAUAGGGACAGGGUAAGUUGAGCUGCCUUGAGGUAAGUGUGUGAUGGUGUCCUGUGACAGUGGGUGAUGGUGCUGGCAGGUCAAAGUUUAAUUCAUGGAAUGGGGGUGUGGUAUAUUGUAUAUCUGAAAUGUAUGCCAACAUUCAGAUAUAGAUCUCUUUAUUCACUAUCACUAACCCUUCCAUUUCUUGACCAGUUGUCAGGGACAGGGAUGUUGUUUCGAUGUGCUAAUUCAUAGGCAAGUUCUCUGCAUGAGGCUACUAAGCCCAUGAAACUGGUCUGUGAGAUUCUUAUUAUGUUUAGCAAGCUCAGACUCCAUGUCAUCAGAUAAGACCUUGUGUGCCUCUGCUACUUGUCACAUGAUUCAUUUUGUUGUAUGGUUUCCUAGAAACAAGGGGUGGCUCAACUAACCCAAAGACUCAACUUACCCCACUCUCCCCUAAAGUAUUUUUUGAUAUGCUACUGAAAGGUUUACAUUUCUCUAAUCAAUAACUAUUGUAGUGAUGAUACAUUAUUGCUGAGGGCCAUGUAUGGUAACUGUGCAUUUUAUUGCUAUUGGUACUUGCAAAUAUUGCUCACAUACUGGAAAACAUUUACAGAUCACAGCAAUAAAUAAAUGUACUGCUGCAAUUCUUGCUGCUACAAAUGUAGUGUUUUGUACAGCUGUACUACGGAUUCAGCUCCGUUCACAAUAAAUUAUCAUAAAAACACUGUUUGUUAAUUAAUCAUGAGAAAUUGAGAAUAUUUAAUAUUCGAGUAAAAGGAGGGCUCAGGGGCGGUGCUUGGGUGCAUCCAAAAUUAUCUCUUUCCGCAUUGCUGCAAGCGUCAAAGGCUUGGAAGAUGGCGUCGUUCUUGGUUCGUCUGGGAAGACUGUCGGUGUUGAAAAACAGUCGUGUACCAACAUUUUCUGGGUUUUAUGCUAAUAGGUUGGGAGAGGCACUAUCUCAGUACCGAACAGUUGUGUACUCAGCAUCAGGUGGUAUUUUGCCAAAACCCAAGAAGGUGAGUGCUCUCUAAUGAAAAUAUGCGCAGGUCAUUUAUGAAAUGAAAUCAAUCAAAUGUAUUUAUAAAGCCUUUUUUACAUCAGCAGAUGUCACAAAUUGCUAUACAGAAACCCAGCCUAAAAAGGGGGGGAAUUUAGUAAAGGUGCCUGAAAGGUAUUGGUGUAUGAAAAAACGUCCAGGCAAGAUUUGUUAGGAAGUUAAAAAUACCUGAGGACUCAUCUCCAUGCAAGUCGCUACAUGAUUAAGAGCCUACCCAUAGAAUGAUAUCUUAGAACUCAAUGAAUUUAAUAGGAAUGUUUAUCAAGUAGGAUCUCUGUGAGCCUAUUUCACUGGAAGUGUUAUAAAUACAUGCCUGUUUAAGGCAUGUUGUAAAUUAUUUAUGACAUGCAUUUUAUUAUUUUAUCCUGGUUGUCAUUGUGUAUAAAAUCACCCAGCAUUGCAGGCUAACUUAGAUAUGUUUUUGUGAUGGAAUUCUUGACAAUUGUCCAGACCUCCUUUGGCCUUUUCCGGAUUGCUGUGGUAGUGAUCCCCUUCCUGUAUGUCGGAACUCUGAUCAGCAAGAACUUUGCUGCGCUGCUGGAAGAGCAUGACAUCUUUGUCCCUGAGGAUGAUGACGAUGAUGACUGA